GACUCAGUGAAGGGUUUCGGAUUGACCGCGCUGUUCUUCAGCUGCUCUCCGGAACCGAGCGUCUCUUCGCGGCCCGAAUAUGUCCAAACUGGAGCAAAUUCUCGUCCUAGAUCCUCCGAAUGACCUGAAAUUCAAAGGUCCUUUCACAGAUGUGGUCACUGCGAACCUGAAGCUCAAGAAUCCGUCAGAGAGGAAAGUAUGUUUCAAAGUGAAGACGACAGCGCCGCGCAGAUACUGCGUACGACCCAACAGCGGCAUCAUCGACCCAGGAGCCACGCUCACCAUCUCAGUUAUGCUGCAACCGUUUGAUUACGACCCCAAUGAGAAAAGCAAACACAAGUUCAUGGUACAGACCAUCUUCGCCCCGCCGGCAGUCUCAGACACAGAAGCCAUGUGGAAAGACGCGAAACCCGAUGAGCUCAUGGAUUCCAAACUCAGAUGUGUGUUUGAGCUGCCGUCUGAAAACGAUAAAGUGAAUGAGGUGGACUCUGCGUGUAAAGUGCCCGUCCUGAACUCCUCUAAAGCGGACGGUCUGCUGUCGGUGAAGCCUCUGUCUGGAGCUCACGAUGACUCUGAGAUGCGGAGGAUCCUGGAGGACUGCAAACGCCUGCAGACGGAGCUCAGCAAACUGCACGACGAGAACCGCCAGCUCAAGGAUGAGGGACUGCGGCUGCGGCGGCUCCAGCCACGCACUGAUCAUGUGUCCAGCAACAGCAGCACGUCUGUGGGCCGUGACUCUGUGUCUGGCUCCCUGCCCUCGCUGCUGGUGGUCAUCGCCGCCAUCUUUAUCGGCUUCUUCCUGGGGAAAUUCAUCCUGUAGAGCGUCUCAAAUCACGAACUGAAGCUGCGUCUUCCCUCCAGACAAACUCCACGCGUUUUACUAAAACUCAGUGUUUUUAACCGGACGGACGGACGCGAGCCAGCGACACGUGCCUCCUUCCAUGUACAUUCGUUCUUCUUCUGUUCCUAACAAUACCAACGCAGACUGUUUUAUUACUGUAAUUAUCAUUAAUUAAUUAUUAUUAUUAUUAUUAUUAUUCAUGUACUUUCUCUCAGAACAGCAUUUAUCCACACAGAUGUUCACUCUACUGUCUCAUAUUAGACGACGUUGAAGAAAUAAAAACAGACCAAAAAAUA